AGACUGCAUGGUGCUGGCUGGGUGCCCCUCAGGUCAUCUGGAUCAGCUGAAGCUCCCGGUGGUGUCCACAGCUCUUAGAGCUCAUGCCUAGAGAAUCAUUCUCCACGCCUUCCUUAUGGCCAGUUUCAAAACACCAAGUUUUCAAAGGAACCUGAUACUUAAGAAGAUGAUUGACAGGUGGCGAAAUGCACACACUCUCUGUCUGUGGCAGACGACAUUGAGCCAGAGGAGAAACCCUUAUGUUACUCUAAGGAUUCAGGAUGCCAUGGCACAGGAGUUGGCACUGGCCAACAAGCAACUAUUGAUGGUCCGUCAAGCCGCCCUGCACCAGCUAUUUGAAAAGGAGCAUCAGCAGUACCAGCAGGAACUAAAUCAGAUGGGCAAAGCUUUCUAUGUGGAAAGAUUCUGAUGACAUCCGAAACACUGUCCUUCCAUUUUCAUCAUGCCCACUAAUCUAAUCUUCUCGAGCUCCUGCCACCUUGAACUUCCUUCCCAAAACACACCUGGAUCUAGUUAUCUGUCCACAACUUAAGGUGGUGCUUCUACUCUCGCCUCUCAACUGCCUGGUGCUAUUUGGGAAACCAUCUAUGAAAAACUGGGAAAAAACAAAACACCAAGAGUGACACCUUGUGGUCAGAAUGAGAGAUGUAGUGUUGAUGUAAGGUGGUGAGGGAAGAUGGAGAGAUAGACAAUGUGAGAGAAUCCUGAUUUGGUUUAAUAAAUAAGCUAGUUCUUAAAGCUUCAAACUUA